UGGACAAGAGCCAACCGCUGUGUGCGAGAAGGAGCACGCGGAGUGCCCGGCCGGGGUGGAUGCGUUGGCCGCGCAUCCUGGCCGCAUGAUGGCGCUAAGCAGAGUGCGGCUGCGGUCCUGAGCAGGAAGCCGCCCGUGCGGCUCCACAUCCCCGCAGCCGCCAUCUUGUUGCCCCGCACGCUGCUGCCCCUGGAGAGUGCACAGGCCGUGGGGAUGCCGGCCGCCGGCGCUUGAUGCCGCCGUCCCACAGCACCAGACUCAUGUCUUCGAGAGGGCCGCUCAGGCGGUCGCCGCGGCCUCAUCAAGCACCGCCUCCGCCUCGCUCGCCGUGCCUCCCAACCACCACCACCUCAACACCAACAUGUCGCUUCAGAACACCGUCCAGUCGAUCCUCAACGAGCUCUGCGCCGAUCCCAUUACAUCGGUGCCCGGCGCCGUCGUCUUUGCCGCGGACCGCAAGGGCAACACGCUGGCGCACGCCGCCGCCGGCGUGCGCGGCGUCGACAAGCCGAGCGAGAAGAUGGCGCCGAACCAGCUCUUUGCCAUCCACAGCUGCACCAAGCUCAUCACGGCCAUCGCCGCCAUGCAGCUCGUCGAGCAGGGCAAGCUGAGCCUCGACGCGCCCAUCGACGGCAUCCUGCCCGAGCUCAAGGGCCAGGACAUCCUCGAGAACGGCAAGCGCCGCAAGAACACGGUGCCCAUCACGCUCAACCACCUGCUCUCCCACACGUCCGGACAGAGCUACCCCUUCUUCAACGAGCAGACGCGCAUCGAGCUCGAGAAGGUCGGCGCCGCCGGCUUUGGCUGCGAGAAGGCGUCGAUCAUGGCGCCGCUGGCGUCGGAGCCCGGCACGCGCUGGGAGUACGGCACGGGUAUCGACUGGGCCGGCCAGGCCGUCGAGCGCGUCUCCGGCCUCGACCUGGACGGCUACUUUAAGGAAAAUAUCUUCAAGCCGCUUGGCAUCACGGAGAUGACCAUGCGUCCUGACACGGGAAUUCCCGGCGGCGUCAAGCCGCGCCUCGCUUCGAUGCACAAGCGCGGAGCGGACGGCAAGAUCUCGGCGCGCGACUACCUCGUCGAGUCGAACGAGUCCAAGAUGGAGAUCCAGUACGGCGGCGCCGGCCUGUACGGCAACGCAAAGGAGUACUGCCAGAUCCUCGUUGCGCUGCUCAACGACGGCCAGCACCCCAACGGCGGGCGCAUCCUCAAGCCCGAGUCGGUCAAGGAGCUGAUGCGCGACCGCCUGCCCGAGAAGCUCGUGCCCGACCUCGAGCGCCCCAUCGUCGCCGCGCAGCCCGAGAUGUCCAACCCGCUCACCAUCCUCGAGGGCAUCCCCAAGCAGUGGGCCCUCGCCGGCUGCAAGACGCCCGAGGGCGUGCCCAACGGCCGCAGCGGCAAGUCUGUCUGGUGGGCCGGCAUCGCCAACCACUACUGGUGGCUCGACCAGGGCGACGGCACGUGCGGCAUGAUCCAGACGCAGCUGCUUCCAUUCUUCGAUGCCCAGAUCGUUCCUGCGUUUUUCUUCAAGAUCGAGCCGGCCGUCCACCAGCACGUGGCUGCUGAGGGCAGUGCCUGAGCCCC